CACGUGCGCCGUCUUUACGGAGAUUCAUGAAAAGACAAAGCUAGCUAGAAAGUUGAGUGAGCUAUAUAAAUCUGUGUUGCAAGAACUGGUUUAACGCUCCAUCAACACUCUUACAGUCACCAGGCAAGGCUUCGACUGUCUAAAGAAACGGGUUCGCACAAGACACAAGCAUGUUAGCUACUGUCAAGCCGAGCACUGUCGGCCUGAAGUCACUGAAGUCCCCUCAGGCCCUGAGCCCCCUACCCACUUCACCUCUUUCCGCGAGCAACCUCACAAACAGCCUCACGAUUCAUGCUCAAGCUACUACCAUCUCUGAUUCAGAUCUGACCAGCUUAUCUUGGCUACAAAAGCCUGGGGUCUUGACCUCUAUGUGUACUGCCCUCACUGGCUCCCCUCAUCGUAUUAGCAAGAUUGGGACUACAGCCAUAAGAAGGCCUCGACAAGGAAAGACAUCUGCCAAACAGCAAGUAUCCAACAGCAAGGCAAAGGAAGCAGACAAGAUGGUCAACGUUAUAUUAAACGUUCGAAAUCGCCGCUACAACGAAAACGGAGAAGAAGUGCACAAACCACCACUGUCAUUUGCUUGUAUGAUUUUCAUGGCUCUGGAAAGCUCUCCAACAAAAACGCUACCAGUUAAAGAAAUUUACGAUUGGAUAGUCUGGAAAUUCCCAUUUUAUCGCACUGCUGCUUCCGGUUGGAAGAAUUCGAUUCGACACAAUCUAUCUCUCAACAAAUGCUUCAAGAAAGUGGAUCGCUACUCCACUAGGUCAAAGAGUGCUCUAAGCAAGGGUGGAUUUUGGACAGUGGACCCUGACUAUAGGCGGAGUCUCCUCACUGCAUUGGAGCGUUGUCCUUAUCAUCCGUACCAUAGCUACUCAUCCCCUCCACUGUCCCCCAGCUCAAGCAACGGCAGUCUAGAAAGCCUAGACCCAGCCGACAGAGACGCAGCCCUCACCAUGUGUAUGAUAUCAGGGGGGUCAGAGUGCAGGAGAUUCCCCGGCAAGCUAGCGGGCGUGUACCAUGACCACACCUACUCCAAGAUCAUCGUCAGACCUCCUGUUACAAUCAAACUACCAAGGAGACGAAAUAAAAUAUUGACUCUUGACGAGAUAGCGGCUGCUGCUGAGCUCAUCCUGGCACAAGAGGAGAGGGGCGAUUCCCCUGACGACAGCUCGGAUGAGGGGGUGGACAGUGACUAUGAUGACGAUGUGGAGAGUGAGGGGGCGGAAAGUGAGGACGGUGACCUUGGUGAUAGUGGAUACGGGGGUGGGACCUCUCCCAUGGACACAAGUUUAUCCCUGGAGGAGAUGGGUGCCGAUGCUCUGCUGUGUCUGGCUACUAGCAGUCGUAGCUCCACACCUCACACCUACACUGACUGAAUCAAAUGAAUGUUCUAAAUCACCAUUAUAAUAGUAAUAUUGCAAUAAUCAAAGCUUUUCACGCUCUUGUUUGUAUCAUACGCUAUUAAUUCAUUGACUACAAGAAUGUGUGAACUUAUAUUUUUUUUUGAGUUUUUUGUAUAGUAUAGUAAUGUUGUGCAGAUAAAAGUAUAUUCAACUUUGUAA